ACCCCCCAGCUUCCCUCUGCUCGUCACCCCUCCCACCCCCUAUGCUCGUCGCCGGCGGAAGAUUCCUCCCUAGCUUGGCUCUGCUUGUCGCCCCCAAAUCCCUCUGCACGUUGACGGUGAAAUUCUCCUCCGCUGCUGCGCCGCUCAAGGACGAAGAAGAAAAGAAUUGCUCUGUUGCGAGUCAGACUGAGUGGUUACUUCUUCCUCCUCACUAUCGCUCGGCAGUAGCAGACGAUGGAACCCGAUUGGCGCACCCAGCAGGCAUGGCGGCGACGACGGGGAGGACCGAGCCGCAGAGCAGACGCGCGACCGCUGAAGCAGAGCAAUGGAUCUUUCUUAUCUUCUUCGUUCUUGAGCGGAAUAGUAGCGGAGGCGGAGAAAAGAACAACCGGAGAGACAAUUCCGCCGGUGGGGAUUGGGCCGGAUGGGAUUAGGGAGAUGGCGAUGGCGACGUCGACAAGGCAGACCUGGGGAGGUAGCCGCCUCGAGGAAUCCCUAGGUCGAGCGGUGCAGCGGAAGGCACUUGUGGCGGCGACGGUGACUCCCGGACGAACGGCGGUGACAGUGAAGAAUCCUAGUGCGAAGUUAGAGACUGAGAAUAAAAGCGUGUGGCAAAA